GGUUAUCCAGAGCCGGGAGGGCCGAGGGUUUUUUUCCCCGCUGGUUUAUUUAUCGUUGUGGGGAGCAAGCGGCCGCCUCGCUGCCUGCAGAACAACUCCUCCGCCGGUUCCUGCCAGCCCCCUUCCAUCCCCGGGGGGGACGGAGCAUCCCCGGGCACCGACCGCUGCAGCGAGCGCCGGGCUGUGCCGCUUCAUCCCGGCGCCGAUGCUGGUUUCCCAGCCCCAGGGGCUGUCACGGCGGCGGGGGAAGCCUUGCUUCGAGGAUUCCCCACUCGAGCCUUCGCAGCCUAUCUUUGCUGUCAGCGUAUUUUCCUGCGAAGCUUUUUCCUGUUGCUUUGGAGUUUGCAUUUUGCCAUGGAGAGGGCGGGCACGGGGCUGGCAGCGUCUGCCCGCUGUGCCCGGCUCCAAGGGGUUGGUGCUGGCACACCGGCUCCCGGGGCGGUGGGGAACAGCUCCUGGGGGGGGCUUAAGGUGUGAAAUGACCCAGCUGUUUUUAAGGGACAUGCUCAGAGGACCCCAAAUCUCCUGGCACAGCACGGCAUAAAAGGGUAGCUCAAAGGUAUGGCGUGGCCUGAGGGGCCGUUCCAGUUCACCCCCCCCGCGCACUCCUCAGUUUUCGCAGCGUUUUCCAACGCUCAUGUGAACGUCUCGGUGGUGGAUCUGCUGCUGCCGAGGCAGCACUGAGCCUGUGUGGCCUCAGGGCUCUGCUCAGCCCGUUUGAUGAUGUGCCUUGUCUGAUGGGGCACAUCAGAUCCAUCUGAAGCUAACAGAGUGGCUUUUUGCUGCUUUUUUCUGCAGCUGGAACUUGCACGGCCACGUGCACAGAAAGACUACGUGGCCUACGUGGAUAAAUAGAAUUUUUUCCAGAUUUUAAAGCAUGGUACAAGCAAGGCGCGUCCUCUCUGGACACGCAGUUUUCCAGAGCAUGUCCCAGCACAUCCUCCCCCAGCAGGACUGGUGGGUGAGUGGGAGGAGAGACAAAGCCCAGCCCUCCUCCAGUUACCAUUGGCAGGAGGACAGUCAGCAGAUGCCCAGCCCUGUGUUCAGGGAUGGGAGGGCAGACAGGCAAGCUGAUGUACGUGAUGCACAACUCCGAAUAUCCCCUCAGCUGCUUCGCUCUCUUUGAAAACGGUCCCUGCCUCGUAGCAGAUGCCAACUUUGACACCCUUAUGGUGAAGUUGAAAGGCUUCUUCCAAAAUGCCAAAGCAAACAAGAUAGAGAGCCGGGGCACCCGCUACCAGUACUGUGACUUCUUGGUGAAGGUGGGCACGGUUACAAUGGGGCCCAGUGCCCGUGGGAUAUCUGUGGAGGUGGAGUACUGCCCCUGCGUGAUAGCCAACGACUGCUGGAACCUGCUGAUGGAGUUCAUGCAGAGCUUCAUGGGGAACCACACUCCCGGCAUCCCGUCCGUGUUCGGCACCAAGCACGACAGCAUCUACAGCCCAGCGGACACGAUGGUUCAGUACAUGGAGCUGUUCAACAAGAUCCGCAAGCAGCAGCAGGUGCCUGUAGCGGGGAUCAGAUGAAAGGACUCCCUGGAGCCCCGUUUAGAGCGACUGCAUCGUCUUUUCUGCCUGCCCAUCUGGAUCAGGAGUCCCUCCAAAAAGCGACACUGGAGGCAGCCCAAGGUUUUUGUUCUUCUCAGUCUCUUUCCCUUGUUUCAAAGCAAAGGUCUUGAAUGGUGUGCAUAUUUCUUGUCCUCCUUCCUGGUUUUGAGCGUGUCUGGGAUCGGGCCUGUGGUUCUGAUGGUUCUUUGUGCAGCUCUUUGUUCAGGGGAUUGCUGUUCAUCAGCAGAAGAGAAAAGGAGAAAUUCCAGCUAAAUGCAUGAAAAGGCAGUUUCCUUGACUGCAAACAGCUACAUGAGAUAUUUUUUUUAAAACUUUUUUUUAGAUACUGACAUUAAAUUGUCUUGUUAUUUUUCAUCGAAAUAAAAGCUGUAUUUUGUGAGGAGAUGGCGUCUUUUCUGCACAGCAAGUGUUGUGCUGUCUUGUUUGUUUACAGCUUUUGAAGUUUUCUGUUGCGUGGAGACAAUUAUUCAGCAGUUUUAUCUCUGAUUUGGUUCAGGAGCUGUAUAACCCUGAAGCAAACUAAUUUCCCUGUGGCAAAAUCCACAGGAAUUCUUGCAUUCCUAUUAUGGAUAUGUUCUUAGCUUGCCUUCAUCUUUUAUAUCUGAUGGGAGUAUUAAAAUCUUCUACCUCUCAGACGAUACCGAUGAAGCCUCAUGAUAAAUAAAUAAAUAAGCCUGGCAGGAGCCCUCAUGCAUUGAAAGAGAAUACCAACUGGUUUAUCUCGUUGUUUGAAAGGUAGGUAAUAAAUGUCCUAUCUCUGCACACCAUUUCUCAUUUGAGAAAUCCUGGUGUCUUCAGCAGAUUUAAUGGAGUAAGGAAGGAUAUGGGGAAUAAGAGCCAAAAAUUUAUCAUGAGACUUCAUGAUAUGAUAGCACUUGAAUUUUUUUUUUUAGUGUUGAUUUAUUUUUACAGCAGGAAACCCAGGGAAAUUAGAUCCCUUUUGAGCUAUCUUUCCCCUCAGUUUUAGUUGUUCAGUAUCUAUCUGGCUCGUAGCUGUCAUUUUUUUCUUCUCCUCACUGCUCCACCCCCUGUUCUGUCUCAGAAUACACAGAAACACCCUCAUUCAACCACUGACCUUUGCGCUGAGCUUCCUUCGUGGUUCCUGGGAAGGCUGUGUGUAGCGGGGUUCCAGCUCGUGUCUGGGACACAAAGGGCGGGUGUAGAGAAGGUCUAAGGAUGGUUUUAGGAAGGGAGAUUUGCAAGGACAGUGGGUUCCUCGUGAAGAAGCAGUGUGCAUCUUGCUCGCAGAAAAUAUUGUGGGUUCUUUGCCAGUACAUGGGUCUUGAAGAGGCUGAAGAGCAAGUAAAACAGAACUAGAUUUCUCCUAAAUAGAUUUUUUUCCUUCUGAAGUAGUGGGCGGAAAAGAAGCUGUUUUGUUACUUGAUUUGCUGACUGGUGGAGAACUAGUUAUUUAGAUAUGACAUCUCCGUGAUUAUCAUUUAUACCUGUAAACCUAAUUAACUGUUAGAGUGCUUAGAGCUUUUAGUGUGGGCAUUUAAUAAAUUUAAUCAUCCCUGCGUCCAGAAAGAUCUGGUUAAUGAGCCAUAAUAAAUGGUAUAAUGUACCUUAAGUGUAUUAGAAAUUCCAACAUGCUGAAUAUACUGAAUUUUUGUAACUCUUAGCUCAAGUUCAUGACAUGUGCACUGAUUUCAGUGGGACUAUUAAUUUUCAGUGAUGAAAAUUCAGUGAGAAUAUGACCUGCUGUUGUUUUACAUAGUUAAGUGUGGCUGGGAAAACUUAUGAAAACAAACUGCAGUCUUUGUAGGGAUAGUUACUUCUGUCCUGUUUCCCAUUUUAAGUCUUAAGGUUAAAAAAUCCCCCUUUAAUGAUCAGAUUAGUCAUGCUGAAUGUUGCUGAUGCCUUAUUAAUUCCCGAAAGAUGCGUUCUGUAACCAGAGAUGUCAAAACUCUGGUCACAUGUCUUAAAAACAUAAAAUGUGUGCUGGAA